AAAAAGGCAAAAUAGACCAAUUAUCAAAACAUCAUGUUUUUUUCUUAAGUUGUUUGGUCAAUCAGUAACCAGAUAUAGAAAUUGAAAUGCCAUGAAAAUGUGAUUAACCUAUCAGUUUAUGUACAAUGCAUACAUCGCUGGGAAAUUCUUUGAUAUUCCCCAGACUUGGAGUAUUUUAUAUUAAUUUAUAAAAUAUUUGAUAAAUCUGAUGUAUCAAAUUAAUGUUUUAAGUUUAAAAAUAAUGUUAUCUGCAUUUCCAGGUCUUCAGAGAAGAUUCAGAAACCACCUACCAUAUCAGAUCUACAUAAAUUGUCGUAAUCAUAAACUUUGCAUUGUGUGUGAAGUAUUUAAUGCAAAGUUUCCUUGUGUUAGAAGAUGUAGACAGCCUCCUCUUGAGUGUCUGGAAACUCUUCCAUUAUAGUUCUCAGAAGUACGUCAUAUUUAUGGAUGCACAGAAAGCAUACGGAAUGAAAAAUCUUAAAAUAGUACGGGCUGCAGCGACAAGAUGGCUGUCACACGGUCAUGCAUGUAGACGACUUAUUGAACGCUUUGUACAGGUUCUAGAUUCUCUGGACGAAAUGAUCGAUCGAAGACAUGAUCCAGAAAUCGAGGGUAUUCGAAACAUGCUGUGUUCAAAGAGCACUUUCGCUGGCAUAUUAAUAUUGUGUGACCUACUAGAACCAGUCAUCGUCUUCAGCAAUUACCUUCAAGGGGCCAGCAUAGACUUUUGAGGAGGCUACCUUUUUGGUGCGUGGCAUUCCCUGUUUGAUAUUUUUCUUUGUUUUUUUUUUCUCACAGGUCAAUAAAAAAGUCAAGGUAAAAUAUUCCCGAUGAAAAUUGCCA